GCUGGAGGCACACUAAAUGCCCACAAAAAAAAAGACCAGCUGACGUACACGUAUCACAAACGUAAUUCUAAUCUAGCAUAAUUUUUUCGUAUUUUUAUACACAUUAAAAUAACGAGUGAAAAAAAUGACUGCUUUCGAAGAGAUGGGUGUUUUGCCAGAAAUAGCAAAAGCAGUCGACGAAAUGGAAUGGACAUUACCAACGGACGUCCAAGCCGAAGCUAUUCCAUUGAUCUUGGGUGGUGGCGAUGUACUGAUGGCUGCGGAAACUGGCAGUGGAAAAACUGGUGCUUUCUGCUUGCCUAUUUUGCAAAUAGUCUGGGAAACUCUUAAAGAUCUGGAGUCAGGAAAAGGAGCUGGAAAAACUGCCCAUGUUCAGCAACCGACACAUUGGGGAUUAAGCCUGUUUGAUCGAGGUCAAGCCAUGGCGGUAACACUGGAUGGUCUAAGAUGUCAAAGCAGAGAACAAAAAGAGUGGCAUGGUUGUCGUGCAAAUAAAGGGGUCUUGGGAAGUGGCAAGUAUUUCUUUGAAGCAACAGUCACAGAUGAGGGUUUAUGCCGAGUAGGCUGGUCUACGUCUCAGGCUUCAUUAGAUUUAGGAACCGAUAAAUUUGGUUAUGGAUUCGGUGGUACAGGAAAGAAGUCGAACGCCAAGCAAUUCGACAAUUAUGGAGAGGCCUUCGGAAUGCACGACGUGAUUGGAUGUUUCCUCGAUUUGACGAAAGGCGAGAUCAAAUUUACCAAGAAUGGCAUGGAUUUGGGUGUCGCGUUUACGUUAAAUGCACAACAAAAGUCGCAGACUUAUUUCCCAGCGGUUGUGCUGAAGAACGCCGAGAUGGCCUUCAAUUUCGGAGCGCAACCGUUUAAACAUCCGCCUUCGAACGACUACGUGGCCAUAUCGUCAGCCCCAAAAGAAUCCAUCAAGUGCAAUACCGUUAAUAGCAAUCAGAGUUCGUCUAGCGAAAGUGGUAAACCGAAAAAUAACGCGCCUCAAGCGAUUAUUAUAGAGCCUUCUCGUGAAUUAGCUGAACAAACUUACAAUCAAAUUCAGAAGUUUAAAACACACUUAAAGGAUCCAACAAUCAAAGAAUUGCUUGUUAUCGGUGGAGUGAAUGUAAAAGAGCAGAUUGCUACAUUGAAUUCUGGUGUGGACAUAGUGGUUGGGACUCCUGGACGAUUAGAGGAUCUCAUACAAGGCGGUUAUUUACUGUUAACACAUUGCAGGUUCUUUGUGUUGGAUGAAGCUGAUGGGCUACUAAAGCAGGGUUACACCGAACUUAUCGAUCGCCUACACAAACAAAUUCCAAAAAUUACGACAGACAACAAAAGAUUACAAAUGAUCGUGUGCUCAGCGACAUUACACGCGUUUGAAGUUAAAAAGAUGGCUGAACGAUUGAUGCAUUUUCCAACUUGGGUGGAUCUGAAAGGUGAAGAUGCGGUGCCCGAGACUGUACAUCAUGUCGUAGUGAUGGUAGAUCCGCAGAAAGAUAAAACGUGGCGUAAUUUGAGGAAUUGUAUAGAAACUGACGGCGUGCACGCAAGAGACGAUAUUAGUAGAACAAAUGAUAUUGCCUGCACGUUGUCGGAAGCUGUGAAGAUGCUGAAGGGAGAGUACUGCAUUCGCGCUCUCAAGGAACAUAAAAUGGACCGGGCAUUAAUAUUCUGCAGAACGAAACUCGAUUGUGACAAUCUCGAGAGAUAUUUGAAGAGAUCUGGCGGACAGCAGUUCUCGUGUGUGUGCCUGCACGGAGAUAGGAAGCCCGCGGAGCGUAAAGCCAAUUUGGAAAAGUUCAAACGUGGGGAAGUGAAAUUUUUGAUCUGUACCGACGUAGCUGCCAGAGGAUUGGACAUCACUGGUUUGCCUUUUAUGAUAAAUGUGACUCUACCCGACGAAAAAUCUAAUUACGUGCAUCGCAUUGGAAGAGUCGGUAGAGCCGAGAGAAUGGGUUUGGCCAUUUCUCUGGUUAGUAGUGUUCCAGAAAAAGUAUGGUAUCACGGCGAAUGGUGCCCUUCUCGUGGAAGAAACUGCAGUAAUACCAAUUUGACCAAUCAAGGUGGUUGUUGUACAUGGUACAAUGAACCUCAGUACUUGGCAGAUAUCGAGGAUCAUUUGAAUGUAACGAUUCAACAAGUCGGUUCGGACAUAAAAGUGCCAAUGAAUGAUUUUGAUGGGAAAGUCACAUAUGGCGAAAAGAGAGUGGCGAUGGGUUCUGAUUACAAAAAUCAUGUUCAACAAAUGGCUCCUGUUGUGGUCGAAUUGGCCGCGUUGGAAUCCAGAGCGCAGAUAGCGUUUUUGAAGACACACAUAGCAGAGCGUUGAAGAAUACUCAAUUAAAGAUAUUUAACGUUUGAAAUUCUAAUCGAGAGUCUCGUAAUUCUAGUAAUACAUUUUUAUUUCAAUCGUAAAUAUUGAAGAAAAUAGAUGUUACUUUUAGUGUAACAUCUAUAAAAAACCUAUAUUAUCAUUGUGCUAUUAUUUUUCUUUCUGUAUUUAUAAAUAUUUUUGAAGUCUCUGCACGUGUAAAGUUAAACCAUAUUGCAUAAUGAAAAUAUAAAGUAGCAGUACAAAAUGUAACUUUCUUCUCUUUGUGCAAACAUUAAAACAAAGUGUAAUCAGAUAUGUCCUAUAAAAAUUGGACCUGACAGCAAAUUGCCAUGAAGGCAUCUGUCAUUUAUGUAAGACGUAAGUGUUUAUUGUAUCAUUAUAUCUUCAAUAAUUAUAUCACCAUACUUUCAUUUU